UCCGGAUAUUCCUCCAAAUCUUAUAGUUCCUCCAGGAAUUCCUCCGGAAGUUCCUCCAGGAAUUCCUCCGGAAGUUCCUCCAGGAAUUCCUCCGGAAGUUCCACCAGGAAUUCCUCUGGAAGUUCCUCCAGUUCCUCCGGAAGUUCCUCCAGGAAUUCCUCCGGAAGUUCCUCCAGGAAUUCCUCCGGAAGUUCCUCCAGGAAUUCCUCCGGAAGUUCCUCCAGGAAUUCCUCCGGAAGUUCCUCCAGGAAUUCCUCCGGAAGUUCCUCCAGGAAUUCCUCCGGAAGUUCCUCCAGGAAUUCCUCCGGAAGUUCCUCCAGGAAUUCCUCCGGAAGUUCCUCCAGGAAUUCCUCCGGAAGUUCCUCCAGGAAUUCCUCCGGAAGUUCCUCCAGGAAUUCCUCCGGAAGUUCCUCCAGGAAUUCCUCCGGAAGUUCCUCCAGGAAUUCCUCCGGAAGUUCCUCCAGGAAUUCCUCCGGAAGUUCCUCCAGGAAUUCCUCUGGAAGUUCCUCCAGGAAUUCCUCCGGAAGUUCCUCCAGGAAUUCCUCCGGAAGUUCCUCCAGGAAUUCCUCCGGAAGUUCCUCCAGGAAUUCCUCCGGAAGUUCCUCCAGGAAUUCCUCCGGAAGUUCCUCC